UUUCUAUCUACAUGUAAUUGUCACAUUACUUCCUGGUUCACUAGUUGGUUUGUUUUGUAUCUAGGCAGUAGAUACAAUGACGUACAGAGUAACAUUUUGCCAAAUCAUUCCUAACAAAUACAGAGUUCAAUGUGUCAUCUCUAGGUGGUAGAGGAUUCACUCAUAUCAGGAAGAGAGCAGACGUAGAAAGUAUUCUGUCUACUUACAUCUCCAAGGUAAGUAUGAAACCUAUUGCUUCUACAGUAAAUGUAUGAAGUGUCUAUCUAUCUAUCUAUCUAUCUAUCUAUCUAUCUCUAUUCCCCCUCUUAUAUAACAUAGGACACAUACAUUGUGAGGUAGAUUUACAAGGGGGAUAAUAAAUAUUUAACCCACUAAACACCAAGGCUGACAUCAAACUCCGGCCCCCCAGAUGUUGCUGAACUACAACUCCCAUGAUUCUCUGGCCAUCUAUGUAAUUCAAAGAGUCAUGGGAGUUGUAGUUCAGCAACAUCUGGAGUCCACAGCUUGAGGACCCCUGCCAUAGCAUGUUACCAGAAUGAAAUCCUGCUUAAUUUGCAUCAGCAGCUCUACAAGUCCUGCUAAAGGUGAAAAAUGAUACAUUAUCAUUAGGCAGUCUAUUAGUAGGACAGAAUGACGAGCUAUUUUCUGGUAGAAUAUGUCUGAUGACAUAUAUUUUCAUCUUCUGAUGGGUUUCCGCAUACCCAUCUCCCCCAACCACUGUGAGGUAUUUAUAACUAAUAUUUGAUGCUGCAACUAUGUGAAUGACAAAUCACAUAUAGGAUACAGAUCUAAAGGAUAAAAGAAAAGGCUAAAAUCCUUUUUUUUCCUCUUUCAAUAACCUCCUAUACAUGUUAGCUAUUAUUGUAAAUCAACAUUUUUUAGUUAAAUUAUAUAUGUGAGGAUCUCUGCUUUAGUGACAUAGUUCAUAGCGAGCCAGGCUGCCCAGAUGUUAAUGCUGUUUUCGGUUUCUGGAGUGGAGCUGAAUAAAAAUGUAGCUCCCACUUGGCCAGCCCAAGACAAAUAUGGUCCCAUUGCUGCCAUACUACUUAAUAAAACACUAUUCCUAACUUUAUCUCUAAUGACAAAAAGUAAUCUAAAGAGUAGAUGAAGCUGAAGUGAGCAUUGCGUAAAACAAUAUGAUUCAUAAAGCACAUUAAAGGACCACUAUAGUGCCCUGAUGGUGCCCCCACCCUCAGGGUCCCCCUCCCGCCCGGCUCUGGGGAGAGGAAAGGGUUAAAACUUACCUUUUUUCCAGCGCUGGGCGGGGAGCUCUCUGCCUCCGAUCCUCCUCUUCGGCUGAAUGAGACAGCCACUAGAGGAUUUGGAGGCUGGAUUAACCCUAACAUAAACAUAGCAGUUUCUCUGAAACUGCUAUGUUUAUUAAAAAAAAGGGUUAAUCCUAGAGGGACCUGGCACCCAGACCACUUCAUUAAGCUGAAGUGGUCUGGGUGCCUAGAGUGGUCCUUUAACUACUCAACCUUUAGUCCUGUGAUUAUUACACUCUUAAUAUAUCUCUCUCUGUAUAUUUGUGUAUGUAUGUUUAUUUGGUACUAUGGGACUGAGGUCAUUGACCUCAGUUUAAUUACCUAAUGCUUGUGAAAUUUUUAGGAGUGGCUGUAUUUGUUUGUUGAUUCACCCAAUGCAAUAUUAUGUCAUUUUCUUUUCAUAGCAAACUUAAAGGGGCACGAUAGUCACCAAAAAACUUUAGCUUAAUGAACUAGUUUUGGUGUAUAGAUCAUGCCCCUGAACUUUCACUGCUCAGUUCACUGCCAUUUAGAAGUUAAAUCACUUUUGUUUCUGUUUAUGCAACCCUAGUCACACCUUCCCUUGGCUGUGACUGACACAGUCUGCAUGAAAACAAAAUAGUUUCAUGUUCAAUCAGAUGUAAAGUUUUUAUCUCCUGCUCUGUACAUUUAACUUUAUCACAGGAGGCUACUCCAGGAUCUAGCAAGCCAUUAACAGAGCAAUAUUGCAAUGUGCAAUAAAAGGAAGUGUAAACAUUGGAUGACUCUUUACAGGAAGGGUUUAGGAAGACUGUUUAAGUCACAUUCAAGGAAGUGUGCCUAGGGCUGUAUAAACAACAUGAUUUAACUCCUAAAGGGCAGAGAAUUGAGCAGUGAGACUGCAGGCACAGGGUCUAUUCACCAAAACUGCUACAUUAAGCGAUAGUUGUUUUGGUGACAAAAUAGUGAUCUUAAAAGGUUGAGGGCAACUCACAGAACCCUUCCACCCCUCAUCCCCCCACUGAUAUUGGUGUUUAAUUGCAGUGAGUACAAAAGCAUAAAUAUGGCCUUAACAUCCUAGUGUGUAAUGCCCUAGCAGUUAAAGUGUUAAACAAUGUAGCCUCUAUUGUGUACAAUAGUAACUGUUCAAGUACUCAAAAAUUAUAUAAUAUGUUAAUGACAAAUGUUGGAACAGUAGCUUUGAUGACUGCUUUGAAAACGACAAUAGACAAUUCCUGAUGUCGUUUGUUUAUAUAGAAAAUACUGAAUGAGGAGCACACCCAUACUAAUAGAAAAACUUUAUUAAUUGGGUCCAAUAAAAAAAGAAAGUAUCCAAGAUACAAACAAAACAGACAAUCUUGGUAAUAAUAUCACAUGAGAAAAUGUAUCACAAUUAUCUAUACAUAGUUAAUAAUUACAAAAAAAGCUAAUCCGGAUACAAAUUUGAUUAGUUACCCAGAAAGAGCAACCCAACAAAUCAUACAUACCCUAAAAGGAAAAAAUACCAGAAGUAGUGGGAGGGAGAGAAUCAAAAAGAAGCCCCCAACAAUUCGGCAAGGAUGCCUUUAUCAAGGGAGCUCCUUGAUAAAGGAUACCUGCUAUUUUAUUACUUACCUCUUAUCUCCCAUUCCGCAACUACACACAGUUUAUUUGGCUGCAUUCCCUAUGGUUUUUAUCAACUAAUUUUCAAGUGAUCUGUCAAAGAACAAAACUUUAUUAUAGUGUUUAUGUAUAUGUAUAUGUAUUUAUGUAUAUGUACAUGUGUUUAUGUGUUCACAUAUACAUAUUUAUGUGUGUGUGCAUGUAUAAAGUGUACCAUCCUGUGCACUGUCUGCUUGUUUGUUUUUCUUUUCCCUCUCUCUCGCCUCACUCUUCUCUUCAACAAGAUAUUUAUGACCCUCUGCUAAGAUGGUGUCUAUUUUCUAUCAAACCUGUGUCUUAUCUACACUCAUGUCGCUUUAACCCCUGUAUCACAACUCAACUUUGAAGUUUAUGUGUCGUUUUGCUCAGAAAUGCUUCAGACUUGAGAAAGGGAGGUUCUCCCGAAAGCUUGUCAUUAAAAAAUUCUAUUUAAGAUAAGAUAAGAAUUGUAUCUGUUUUUAACAUCUACAUCACUGGACUAAUACGGCUACAAUCUCUCUCUCUCUCUCUCUCUCUCUCUAUCUAUCUAUCUAUCUAUCUAUCUAUAUAUACCGUGUUUCUCCGAAAAUAAGACCUGGUCUUAUAUUAAUUUUAGUCACAAAAAACACACUAGGGCUUAUUUUCAGGGUAGGGCUUAUAGCCAGUCUGUCAGCCGGUGUCCGCGCUGUGUAACCCCCCCAGAGACCCUCACCUCCCCCUCCCUGUAAUAUUCUCCCCUCCCUCCCUGUAAUACUCUCCCCCCUCCCUCCCUGUAAUAUUAUCCCCCCUCCCUCCCUGUAAUACUUUCCCCUCCCUCCCUGUAAUACUCUCCCCCCUCCCUCCUGUAAUAUUCUCCUCCUCCCUCCCUGUAAUGCUCCCUCCUCCCUGUAAUACUUCUCCUAUAAUAUUCUCCUCCCUCCCUCCCUCUAAUAUUCUCCCCCCUCCUCCCUCCCUCCCUGUAAUAUUCUCCCCUCCUCCCUCCCUGUAAUAUUUCCCCCUCCCUCCUUUAAUACUCUCCUCCUCCUGUAAUACUCUCCCCCUCCCUCCCUGUAAUAUUCUCCCCCCCCUCCUCCCUCCUUCCCUCCCUCCCUGUAAUACUACCUCCCUCCUGUGUCUCUCCCCUCCCCUCCUCCCUGUAAUAUUCUCCCCCUCCCUCUCUCCCAGUAAUACUCCCUCCCCCCUCCCUCUCCAAUCUUCUCUUCACCUGCUCUUCCCUAUAGCGUGGCCGAGCUCCUCUCCGGUCUGCGACCCGGCCGGACUGACAGGAAGUGCACACACAUUGCUACAGGGAAGGGGAGGUGAGGCAGUGCGGUAGCCGUCUAUAGAGCGCUCAGUCGGGUGUGGCAUUUAAAGGGCCGGCAGCUGCCGGCCCUGCCUAGGUCUUAUUUUCGGGGUAGGGCUUAUAUUGCAGCCCACCCUGAUAAUCCAGCUAGGGCUUAUUUUCGGGGUAGGGUGUAUUUUCAGGAAAACACUGUAUAUAUAUAUAUAUAUAUAUCUUACAUAUAACAUUGUACAUAGUUAAAGCAUUGUAGUUCCUUGUGAGUUUCCAAUAAAGAUAGAAUCUUUAUUGAAAACUAUAUGUUGGAUUGGAAUCUCACUAAAAUUCAAACACAAUCAAAAUAUACAGAUAGACAUUAUUCAAAGUAAGCACUACUUUAAUGUAGGUGCCAGAUUAUAUCAAGAUAUGGGAAAAAGUUUAAAAGAUUCUCCACUUGUUGUACCAUAAAAUUUCCCAUCAUCUGUAAUUUACUGUUGGGUGAAAAGGCUUCUUUUUGUUUUGUAUAGUAGAGAUACCUACCGUAUCUCUCUGUAUGUAGAGGAAUGUCUAUUUUUAAAAUCUCAGUUAUCCACUUGCAUCUGUGAACAUGGGAAAGAUAAUGUGACUCCAGAAGCUUCAUUAACCAGGAGCCGAGAUGGGAUAGCAACUGAUAAGUAAUUCUCUCUUUGACACCUAUCAUACUGUACAGGGAACAGUUUUAUUUUGUCUGUUUGUGCUGUGUGCGGAUAGUAGCAAAUAGUAGUCAAUACAAACAGGAAGCAAUCUUAUACAGGGUUAUGGACUAAAAGUGAGAAUUAAAAGUGAAUUCAAAUUGAAUUUUAAAAAUGGUGUCAAAAUAGCAAAACUGGAAAAAAUCUCAGCUAUCCUUCCAGUUUGUCUACUGUGGCCUUAAUUUCACUUUGAAUUUUCACUUUCGUAAAUAACUCUCAUAGUGUUCUAAGUAGCGAUAACUAUUGCACCAUUCUUAACUAUCAGUAGGGAAGAAGCUAAAGGAAAGCAAAAUUGGGUUAGGUACUGUAUAGACAAUGCAUUGCUAAUUUAAGAAUUAAAAUAGUAACACACAUUCAAUCCAGAAUGCUAUCUUUAAUUGGAGAUUUUUACUUUGUUUUUUUCACUUUUUCAAGUUGAAUUUUACAGCUAAUGGAGGGCGACGGUGGCAAAGACACUGAAAAGGAAUCUUCCAUGGAGAACAGUGCGGUUAAUCUGGAAAAUUCAUACACAGAAAAGGACGUAGAAGAACCGUCUGAGAAAGAGCCUGAACGCUCUCCCUGCCAAUUCUUUCUUGCAGGACGGUGCAGAUUUGGAGACAGAUGUAGAAACAUGCACAACGGUAUACCAGAAGCCACCUCUCCCCCUCCUUCAACCAGAGGAAAGAGUGAAUAUGAAUCAAAUUCUAAAAAGAAACCUCCAAUGAAAACUGCUACUGAUGUUAUCUCAAGAAUUCAGUGGGACAACAUGCUGCCCAAAGAAUGCUUUAUAAUAGGUUAUCUUGAUAGAUUUUUAGGUACCAUUGAAAAGCCUUUCUCUGCAUUCUGUUGGGAAGAUUUGGCCUCAGUGGGGCAUGAUGUCCUUGCAAUUCCAAAACAUCGUAUUCAGUACUUCAAAUAUAAAGAUCUGGUGGUUUGGGACAAAAAUUCUCGAAUAGAUAAUGUGUUUGGUUCAACUGGAAGUGGCAUGACAAUUUUAGAUAUCAUGGAACAAAAUAAAAAUUUGGACCAUGAAGAAAAAGUUAACGUGCAACCAGAAAUGAGUGGUUUGCAAAAGGAUUCUGAUGGUUUAGAAGAAUAUGAAAAUGUUGAGGAAUGUCUUGAUGCUGCUGCGUAUGUUAAUACCAAAAAAUUGAGGCCCACGCAUUUUAUUGCUGUACGUAUCAGCAGUGAAGAUGUAAAAAGCUCCAUAAAAGAAGUGCAAGACGUACUGAAGAAAUGGAAUCCAGAUAUUUCAGAAUAUUGCACACCUCUACCAGCACUCCAUUUGACACUGUGCCUUUUACAUUUGGAAACUCCAGAAGAAAUACAGAAAUCAGUCUCUGUUAUCCAAGAGUGGAGUCAUGAAAUUCAGCGAAUUCUGCCCCCAAGCCUAAUUCUUCGCUUUGAAGGGCUUAAGGAUUUCAAUGCACGUGUCCUCUAUCUAGCACCAUUAGCAAUACCAGAAAUAUCAAGCUUUGUACAGUCCUUACAUGAAAGAUUUUGCAAUGAAGGGUUGCAAGUUAUAAAACCUCCAUCUAACCGCCUGCAUGUAACUGUUGCAAAGAUUUCUACUAACACUUUCAGGAAAAAUCCUGGCCUUCGCUUUUACUAUGAUAUUUAUGGACAUAUCCCCAUUGCUCACUUUGGAGCUCAACACGUAGAUAGCAUUAGUUUCUGUGAUAAUGGUAGCGCAAGACGUACUGAUGGGUUUUAUACGACACUCCUGGAAUUCUCUUUAUAUUGAUCAACACAAUUAUAGAAUUUAUAUAAUUUAGUAUAAGACAUGGCCAACAAUUCUAUUAAUCUGAGUACAAUCAACACAAUUUUUAAUAAAGCAUUUUCUGGUUUUAAUAAAAAUCUCACAUCAAAGUGUGCAACUCAUAUUAUUAAAGGGAGAAAGAACAUGUAACCAAUUGUCAAUUCAAGAGCAACUGACCAUCAAUCUUUAAACAAUUUUGUUUUAGAGAGAGAGAACAUUUACACCCUCCAAAUAAUGUCUUUGCAUGUUUCAUUUACAGUAACCAACCUGCUCUUUGUGCCUUAUUUGUCUGUAGCUCCCAAUUAUGCUAUAUGAUGUAGCCUUUACAGAACUUAAUUCUUUAAUGCUAAGUUUUGAAAAAAAAAAACAACACUGUACACUAGAAGGCAACUCCAUUAAGGUAACCAAAGCCUCAUAAAUUGUAGCCAAAUGCUGUAUAAAAUUCAAGUUACAUUUUUAUUAAACAUAAAAAGCAUGAGAUCUGGACUGGCCAUUGUGCAAACUUGGCAAAUGCUCUGUAAACUGCGAUAGCCAUGAGCAAAGGUUGACAGCAGAGAUAUAAUUAUCUCCCAGAGAUAUAAGAAUCCCCGGAAGGGAUGACGACACAUAUGUGCCAGCACUGAAAGAGGGCUCCCCAGCAACUUCCCUCCCCGGCCAUGCCUUUCGAAUGCCGGGGGGAGGAAGGAGACAGUGAACUUGCAGUCUCCACCUCCUGCUGGUGCAGGCCAACUUCAGUGUUUCUAAUAGUGUAUCAACUUGUUGGCAUCGGUUACCAUGGCAAUUCUCUGACAGUUUCCCUAGUGCUGGCUAGAAGGAGAAGUUUGCAACCACCAGGGGUGCAGGCAAGUUGCAUUUACCACUGCACCACGACAUAGCCUUACUCCCUCCCUGGCCCAAGGUAAGGGAGAAUAAACUUACUUUUUAAGGGACGGAAGAAUAAGCUUUAUUUUCUUUUUCUAACUAAAAAUGAUCCACCCCACAUUCCUGGCCCUAUCCUCUCACACAUUACAGCCUAUAUCCCACGUAAACAAUAACCUAAAUUGCCUCCACAUGCUAUAGUUUCCAUUUUUCACACAAUAGUGCCUCUAAAAAAAAAAGGUUAGUCGAUCGCUAUUAAAGACCUACUACUAAAGGCUGAAGGCAAUCCCUAGUCUAACCUUGCCAAAAUGAGCCUUGUGCCCCCUUUAAAUCAACUUUCAUUUAACUAUCACAAAUCUAUUACUCUGAAGAAAAUAUACAUCACACAUUCUCAACCAACCAUCAUACACAACCAAUAUUAUUCCACUAGAAGACAGCCACACAUUACAAAAAAAAAAGAAGACUGAAAAAUGACGAUAAGAAGAGUACGAUAAGAAGAGUGCGACUAGAGGGUUGAAGCUAUUGGACAAACACAGAUUCCCUACAACUGCGGGUGUUGUUGAUGGUGUGCAAUAAAACUGCUAUAUGCUGUUGUGCGUUUGUCUUUAUUUAGUUUUA